ACAUGUUGCACGGAUACCCACGCAUUGAGACCCACCCAAAGCUCCGGUCAGUGGAGAAGGACCGCAGUGUGCUACUGCAGUGCGAUGCCAAGGGUGACCCCAAGCCUACAGUCAUCUGGCUCAAGGAUGGCCUGCCAGUGGACACCUCAGACCCGAGGAUACAGGUCAUGGAGUCAGGUUACCUUCAGAUCCUCAACAGCCAGGAGUCGGACGAGGCGACGUACGAGUGUGUGGCGGAGAACGAGCAUGGCGUGGCCUAUUCUUACAGGGCAAUGAUCUAUAUCAAAGUGAGACGUAUUGCGCCCAAGUUCACCCGCGCCCCGGAGGAUACCCGCGUAAUGCCUGGCAGUGACGUGAACCUGACGUGUGUAGCCGUGGGUUCUCCCAUGCCCUACGUCAAGUGGCGGCAGGCGGCCCAGGACCUGACGGGCGACGACAAUAUACCCAUCGGCAAGAACAUCCUGCAGUUGACCAACGUGGUGGAGUCCAAGAACUACACGUGCGAGGCCUCUUCCGACCUGGGGAAUAUUGAGCACCACGUGCAGGUCAUAGUGGACGCCUUGCCUCACCCUCCCACCGGGCUGAGGGGGUCGGAGGUCACUGCCUCCACCAUCCGCCUGACCUGGGAACGCGACACGAAAUCCCUGGAUAAACCACACUCCUACACGGUCUACUACCGUGCCCUCACUAGCGGCGCUGGAGGUCGCAUGCAGGAAGUGUCCGGCAUCACGCGACCGGUGGUCACCAUCGGUCAGCUGAGGGCGUUCACCCGCUACUCCUUCCAGGUGGUGGCCUUCAACAAGAUGGGCAGGAGCCGGCACAGUGACGCCAUCGAGGUGGUCACCGGAGAGCUAGGUCAGUAUGUCCCCACACCACAUCACCACCACCACCCAGCUCAACAACAUCACUGCCAUCACCACAUUACGCUUCCUGUCUCCCCCACCCCCCACCCCCACUAGCAGGCUUCUUCUACU